CUACCUUUCUGCUUUAAAGCAAAGUAAACUCGGUGGCCUCUUCUUCUCCACCCCUCAAAAUGAUAGCAAUCUCUGCCGUCAGCAGUGCACUCCUGUUCUCCCUUCUCUGUGAAGCAAGUACCGUCGUCCUACUCAAUUCCACUGACUCAUCCCCGCCAACCAAUAAUUUCACUGAUAUUGAAGCAGCUCUGAAAGCACAAUUAGAUUCAGCGGAUAUCCCCAAAGCCAGGCGGAAGCGCUACAUUUCGCAGAAUGACAUGAUCGCCAUUCUUGAUUAUCAUAAUCAAGUUCGGGGCAAAGUGUUCCCACCGGCAGCAAAUAUGGAAUAUAUGGUUUGGGAUGAAAAUCUUGCGAAAUCGGCAGAGGCUUGGGCGGCUACUUGCAUUUGGGACCAUGGACCUUCUUACUUACUGAGAUUUUUGGGCCAAAAUCUAUCUGUACGCACUGGAAGAUAUCGCUCUAUUCUCCAGUUGGUCAAGCCAUGGUAUGAUGAAGUGAAAGAUUAUGCUUUUCCAUAUCCCCAGGAUUGCAACCCCAGAUGUCCUAUGAGAUGUUUUGGUCCCAUGUGCACACAUUAUACGCAGAUGGUUUGGGCCACUUCCAAUCGGAUAGGAUGCGCAAUUCAUACUUGCCAAAACAUGAAUGUUUGGGGAUCUGUGUGGCGACGUGCAGUUUACUUGGUAUGCAACUAUGCCCCAAAGGGCAAUUGGAUUGGAGAAGCACCAUAUAAAGUAGGGGUACCAUGUUCAUCUUGUCCUCCAAGUUAUGGGGGAUCUUGUACUGACAAUCUGUGUUUUCCAGGAGUUACGUCAAACUACCUGUACUGGUUUAAAUAAGUUUACCUUUUCCUCCAGGAAAUAUAAUGAU